AUGACAUUCCAUGGUGUUUUGGGACGCAAGGAGAAUGGACUUUUUUUGAGUUCCUACACAACUGAUAGAGGCGUCGUAAAAUAUAUUGCCGCCACACAGUUCAAGCCCACAUUCGCAAGGAGAGUCUUUCCCUGCUUCGACGAGCCAGACAUGAAGGCACGUUUCAAAUUCUCCAUCGUCAGACCGAAUGAUUACAUUUCACUGUUUAACACAGAGAAGAUGGCAGAACACAAGAUGUCACAGAAUGAAACGAUGGACGUGUAUGACACAUCACGUGUAAUGAGCACACACUCACUGGCCUUCGUCUUUUGCAACUACGCCUCGACGUCUCGCAUCAGCAAAAGUGGAGUCAUGGUUUCGGUGUACUCUCCUCCAGAAAAACUUCCCGAUGUGCAAUUCUCAAUCCUCACGGUCACUAAAACUCUCAACUUCUUUGAAAAUUACUUCGGAUUCUUUUAUAAUCACACGAAACUAGAUGUGGUGGUCGUCCCAACAGUAGACGACAACAUGAUGGCUUAUUGGGGAAUCAUGUUCUUUGAUGCUAGGCACUUAUAUUACGCUGAAAAUAAUAACACGAAGGAAGACAAAACUAUUGUAGUGGAAAAAAUAGCACUUGGACUGGCUUAUCAGUGGUUUGGUAAUUUGGUGACAACGAAAUGGUGGGAUGAGUUGUGGCUGAAUGAAGGGUUGGCUAUAUUCUUGCAACAAGAGAUCAUCAAACAAUUUUAUCCAGAACUAUCUUCUGCGACAGAUCUCAUGCUGGGAAGUAUGGAAAACGCAAUUAAAGCAUAUUCGCUAGAAGGCACGCAACCUAUAACGCAGGCCAAGCAGGACGACGAUGUUUCAAAUGUGAAAAACGUUUUCACAACAUUUUCAUUGACCAAAGGAUUUUCAAUUAUUAACAUGCUGGAAACAACACUUGGACUAAAUAAUAUCCUGAAAGCUUUGAUGAAACUUUUUCAAGAAUAUCAAUUCAAAAGUUACACUCAGAAUGAGCUUUGGGAAAUUUUCACACAAGAGGGUUGUUUCGUAACAAAAUGUUUAGUGGCCCAAGGAGAUAUGUCGGACAAUCAUUUCGAUGUGAAAGGAGUGGUGGAAAGUUGGAUUUUACAAGCAGGGCUUCCGGUAGUUACAAUUACAAAGAAUGGGCGAAAUUUAAUCUGCAAGCAAGAAAGGUACCUGGUCACUUCAAAUGUGGGCUUGGGGGAUUACAAGUUGAAUACAUCAAAACUGAGGUUGUUGGCGACGUGUUUUUAG